AGAAGAAGAGCCGUGUUUCUCUCCCAGACCUCCAACAUGGCGGCCGCCAGGAGAUUGAAACGCGUGGUGGCUUCACAGCCUGGUUUUUUAAAUUUAAAGUCCUCUUCAGACUCCACGGAGUCGCUCAGCAGUCGAAGAAAACGCGUGAACAAGAACAAGAAGAAAAACUGGAACAAACACAGCGACAUUAACGAUGUGGAGGAUUUUUUAGACGACGUCCGGCACCAGGAGAGGACCACAGGGGGUUUGCUGUCUGAGAAGUCAGAUGACAGUUUGUUCUUUUUGGACGUUGGACAACCGAAGAAAGCUGAACCGAAAGAAGCAGAAUCCGUAGAGGGGAAGAAGAGGAAAGGGAAACAGUCACGUCCUCUGAGGAUAGACCUCAUCCUGCAGCACGACUCCCUCGUUCCACCACCUAAAGAUGUUCUGGCCUACCAACAACCAAACGCCAAGAAACUCCGCCGCAUUGCCCAGAAGGCCGAGCAGUUGGCAGCCAAAGGCGUGGUCCCGCGGAGGCAGAAACAGCUGCUGAACAGACGGCCGGUCGACAAGAAGGUCAAGGCGGCGGUGACGGAGGCCAACAACAACCCAGACAGAGAAUACUACGACAUAUGGGGGCAAGAGACCAAAGACUCAGCUGACCCCUGGUACCUUCAACAGACCCGCAAGAAGCUCGUCAAGCGUCCAGAGAAGCUGAAUGAGAAGCCGUCUGUGCUCCCUGCUGUGGAGGUGAUCGCCCCCGGAGGAUCCUACAACCCAGACUUCUUCUCCCACCAGGCCUUGCUGCAGGAGGCGCAUGAAGUGGAGGUGAAGAAACAAAAGGAGGAGGACAAAAUAGAGCGACAGCUGGCUGUCAACAAAGAAGACACAGCUACAGAGGAGACGAAGUUGAGAGAGCAGGUGGAGGGUUUGGUCGAGGAGGAGAACGAAGAGGAAACGGCUCCUAAUGAGGAGGAGGAGGAGGAGGAGGAGGACGUGGCGGUGGGAGCCAUCGCUGUGGCAGAGAAGAAGACAGAGAGACAGAGGAAGAGAGAGAAGGCCGAGAAAAUAAAGGAGCAGCAGCGGCUCGCCGACAGACAGCUGACUGACCAGCGGCAGCAGCUUUUCCAGCUCCGCUCCAUCAAGACGUCCAUCAAACAGCAGGAACAGAAAACCAAGGACAAACAGAAACAACGCAAGGUCAAGCAGGAGGCCCAGAAAGCCCAGCCCAGACGCCUCGGCAGACUCAAGUUUCAGCCUCAGGAUAUGGAGGUUCAGCUGAGCGACGAGCUCGCCGGCUCGCUGCGACGACUCAAGCCAGAGGGCAGCAUCCUCAAGGACCGCUUCAAGAGCCUGCAGAAGAGGAACCUGAUCGAACCCAGGGAACGAGCCAAGUUCAAGAGGAGGCACAAGGUGAAAUAUGUGGAGAAGAGGGCUUUUAGAGAGAUCACUUAGUGCCGACCCACGGACCACAGAGGCUGGACAACAUUUAAAGCCACAAGUGCAACAAAAUGGAACUGUGUAUAUACGACUUAAUGACCCCCGAGUGCAUUUCCUAUUCUGCUUUCUCACAAUUAAAUUCAUACAACGUCA